CCAGCAGAGUUCGUCUUACUCGUGGCUGUACCGGAAAGGAUCAGACGGCCAAGAGCCGGCUUGUGAUGUUCCACUGCAGUUCCCCUCCUUCAUUAGAGGACUGGGGCCACGAAAGGUUUGUAAUCGAGCUGCAAAUUCUGUUAAAUCCUUCUCAUCUUUCUGGUCACGUUUCUGUUAACAUUCACAGAAUUUAUCAUUGCUUCCUGUGUGAGGUUAGCACUAAAACUGAGGAGUAUACGUAUCACUGCUUCUUCAGCUCAUGAUUGUCUACCCGGGAGAUUCUGAACCGCGUAUGGCAUCAAAGAAUUGCAGCACUGCUGGCAUGCCAGCUGCAACGACAGCCAGAUUCAUCAGCGAGGAGGGGGUGAAAGUACACCAAGGGCUCGGAGGCUGGUCGGAGUUCGAUGACCAGCGAGCUCAGUUUGACAGCCCAAAGCCAUACAUUAAUCUCGAAGGCAUUCUGAAAGACCACGUUCAAUCUGUUCUGGGUAUCAACCCGGCUGAGUGUUCAUGGGACGCGAUAUUCGACAAGGUAACUGAAACCGAAAAAGAGUGGAAAGAAGGAAAUGGCGCGCGUGCAAUCUUCGCCAAGGUAUGGCUGAAGGUUGGCGAAAAUCGGGAGAUGAUUGAUCCAUGGAUCAACCUCAUUCCCGACAGCUACGGGCUAGCUGUCGUGAAAUCAGGAAUCGCGGUCGUAUUGAAUUUGGCAGCCAAGUCUGCUGAAACAAGGCAAAGGAUACUCACCACCUUCCAAGAGAUCCAAACUGUGAUCGUAGAUGUGAAAGGCAAACGUCAAAGCUUUCACACAGACCCAAACGUGAGCAAAAGCGCCAAGGAUCUCUAUUUUGCAGUUGUCGAUGCGAUAGAGAGUCUAUUAUGCUCUUUACCAUCUAGACAUUUUCUGGGUCGUGAGCGCAUAUCAAAGGGAACAGGAGGUUUUCGGAUAACCUCAAAUUCAAAAAUUCGGAGGCAUGAAGAGCCUCCAGAGCAGGCAUUACAGCGCGUGAAAGAAAGUGUGCGACUAUUCCAAGUCGCUGUUGCCAGGUGUAGAGAUGCGCAUAUCGAAACAAUCGAGCGAUAUUCUAGAGACACUUAUCGCGAGGUGGGGGUAAUGCGUUGGGAUCAGAAACAAACAGAAAUCAACACCCGCGGAAUUAGCGCAGAUGUUCAGGUCGUCAAAAACGGAAUAGAAAGCGUUUCGAUUGAUAUUAGAGAAGUCAAGGCAGGAGUGGAAGAUGGAGGGAAAAGACACCUCGAAAUCAUUCAAUUGAUCCAGAGAGAGGAGGAGAGGUUGACCCAUUUCAUAGAGACCCAGUCACAGAUGAUGGGCAACAGCCAAGAUGCCAGAAACCAGAUGUUGCAGUUCUUGCUUGAGGAUUGGAGGAAAGAGAGAAGCUUGAAUCUACAGCUCCAACAACGUCUCUUUGUUGCCGAAACUGAAGGGUGUUCUCGCAGAGAUCGAAGCUCGCCGGCAGUGAUAUCUUUCGCUCGGUUGUUGGAAGUCCUGGUUCAAUCACCAUCAAGUCAAUCAUGUCAAUCAUUCCCAAAUGAGAACCAAUCGCUUGAUUAUGGUGCAGCGUUUGGGCAGCCCAAUGAUGAUCUGGAGAUUGUUUUGGGGAAGAAAGCGAUGUUUGGGGUUCAGGUGCAGAGCCAGGCGCAGUCUAUAUUGCAAGAUGCCCGAUUCCUGCAGUGGAUGAAUCAGGAACACCCGGAUCUGCUUCUCGUUGAUGCCAACCUUCGAGCCUUUGCACUUGACAAUGUCUCUCCAAUAUCCCUCUUCUGUGCAACAUUUGUCCUGAGCAUGGCCGAAGUGCGACCGGAGGAGGUCGUAACGCACUUUUUCUGCGGGCUGCACUGCACAGCGUCCUUGAAGGAUUAUUGGGCCGGGCCGAACGGGUUAUUGCGAUCGCUCAUCUGCCAGCUCUUGAUGAUCUUACAUCGGCGAGAUCUCUUGAGUAUGGAUUUUCUCAAUUCGAGAAGCUUCGUCAAGCAGCUCGAGGAACACGAGUUGUACAGCCUUUGUAUAUUGUUGCACCAACUGGUCCGCCAGUUCCCAUCCGAGACUACAGUUUACUGCAUCCUCGACGCGGUCUGUUGCUUCGACAAAGAUUUGUACCGGAGUUUCCAGGUGCUGACGACGGUCAUCGAGUAUUUACAUACCAUCGUGCAGGAUGAUUCGCUUCGAGCCCGGUUCAAGGUGUUGAUGACCAACGCAGACCAAAGCACGAGGCGACUGCGGCAGCAGGUGGAUGUGAAGCAGCAUAUCACCUUGUCUUCUCAGUACCUAUCGGCGCUGCAGGUGAUCUCCGACCAAUCUGUCGCAGCGGGCAUUUCGCGACCGUCAACACCGUCCGUUGUGGACGUGGGAGAAUGGAAGGAUGACGAUGAAGAGGAAUAUGAAUGGUAGGUUUGAAUAGGGGAG